GAGACAAAGGAGAGUAACCGUUAUAAAGCAUGGCCAAGUCCUCUUUGCUCUGCUGCAGUACCACAAGCAGAACAACUCGAGUGGUCGACUAUUGCAACAACGAUGGUCGACAUAGAAAAGGCAGCUUCCCCAGAGAGAUCCGAGGGGAAUCAGACUUUGGACAAUCAAUCCGCAUUCCAUACUGCGCCGAGGGGCGACGAUGAUAAAGAUUUAGAGAAUGGCACCAGUAGCGGCAGUGAUCAAGAAGAUGCUUUGGAGCCAACACAGACUGCUAGAUCACAGCGCUCUGAACGGGAUCCAAAAGUAGUCACUUGGAAAGGACCCGACGACCCUGAAAACCCCAAAAACUGGCCCAUGAAAAGACGCUGGGCAGCGGUAUUUGUCGUCUCGUGCUUCACAUUCAUAUCUCCAGUAUCCUCAUCUAUGGUGUCACCUGCUCUGACAGCCAUCGCGAAAGAACUCAACAUUACAAAUGAAGUCCAACUCGAAAUGACCCUGUCCAUCUUCGUUUUAGCAUACGCUAUUGGGCCUCUCUUCUUGGGUCCGCUCUCGGAAAUUUAUGGUCGAGUGAUUGUCCUGCAGCUUGCCAACCUUUUCUAUCUCAUUUUUAAUAUUGCGUGCGGUGUUUCUCAGACAAAAGCGCAGAUGAUCGUCUUCCGAUUCUUGUCUGGCUUAGGCGGUAGUGCCCCUUUAUCAAUCGGAGGGGGCGUCAUGGGCGACUGUUUCAAACCUGAAGAAAGAGGGCGAGCAAUGGCCAUGUAUAGUCUUGCUCCUCUCCUAGGACCUGCUGUUGGCCCCAUAGCGGGUGGCUUCAUCGCUCAGCAGACGACUUGGCGAUGGAUUUUCUAUUCAACAUCAAUUGUAGAUGGUGCCAUACAACUGGUCGGCCUUUUCCUACUACAAGAGACGUAUGGGCCGACGUUAUUAAGUCGCAAGGCCAAGAAACUCCGCAAAGAAACUCAAGAUCCUUCCUGGCAUACCGAAUAUGAAGUUGCAGGCCGCUCUUUAACCACUGUACUAUCCACCGCGUUACGCCGUCCAUUUGUCCUGCUUGGCACCCAACCAAUUGUCCAGGCCUUGGCCUUAUUCAUGGCUUAUAUCUAUGGCACACAGUAUCUCAUGCUGGCAUCGUUUCCGAGUCUCUGGACGGGGCACUACAACGAAUCCGUUGGUAUUGGAGGACUCAAUUUUAUCUCUUUGGGAGUUGGAUUCUUCGUCGGCGCUCAAAUUACCGCUCGUUUAAUGGACCAUAUUUAUCGGCGACUGAAAAAGCGCAACGGCGGUGUUGGUGUCCCUGAAUUCCGCACGCCACUACUCGUUGUGGGAGCGUUGUUUAUCCCCGCUGGUCUGUUCAUUUACGGCUGGACCGCGCAGUACAAAGUCCAUUGGAUCGUACCAAACAUCGGGGCUGCGAUAUUCUGCGUCGGAUCCAUCAUGGGAUUCCAGUGUAUCCAAACGUAUCUGGUGGACGCGUAUACGCUAUAUGCAGCUAGUGCUAUGGCAGCAAUCACUGUUUUACGGUCAUUAGCCGGUUUUGGGUUCCCCCUUUUCGCACCUUAUAUGUUCGAUGCACUGCAUUACGGUUGGGGUAAUAGUUUGUUGGCAUUUGUUGCAAUUUGCAUUGGCAUUCCGGCUCCUCUGCUAUUAUGGAAGUAUGGCGCAAAGCUGCGGGCGAUGAGUCCAUUCGCAGCAGGCUGAUAUUUCUUGGAGAGAGCCCUGUUUUCUGAUUAUUCAACGGCAGGUUGAGUAUUGUGUUAGGUUUUCGGGUGCAUCAGCGUAAAGAGUCCACGUGUUGUCUAUCGGAA